GGACCGUAGUCUAGUAAUGCAGUAUGAUUCAAUGAAAGCAGCUUGUGAGAUCAUUGAUCGGCUGAAGAGCCAGGGUCUGUUUGAUAGAAUUCGAAAGCAGUGCUUGGAAGACAUUGAUUCUGAUCCUGAAUACGUAGCGCUACAGAAGAAAGUGGCUUCUUUUGUAUCUGGUUUCCUUCGAAGUCAGACGAAACCGGCGGAAACCGAAAGGUUGCGACUGCGGGAACGCUUGCGUGGCGAACUGUCACGCACGACAAUGCUCAGUAUAGGUGUCAAUAACGUUGUCAAUAACGCCAUACGAUCGAAGCUACCGAAUACUUUUCAGCAUCAGAUAAAGAAAGUAGUAUGCGAAUCCCUCGGAGUUACUUACGAAGAUCAUACAAAAUUUCGGCAUACUGCCACAUCGGGGACGAGGUUCUCUUCAUCUGUGGUUCCUCCCAGCUCCAUGAAUGUGUCACGCAGAUUUGCGGAAACGAAUGUUCCUCAACCACCCGUACCUCAUUUGGGAUCUACUAACACAGUUGGUACUUCGCUUGUCUACGGAUUUGGUUCCAUGCUGCCUACCCCACACACAAUACUUCCACCGCCACCUCCACCGCCUCCACCACCGCCUCCCCCUCCACCCCCACCUCCCACGUUGCCACUAGCUUCCGCCGUACCUAUUGUUGCUGCCAAUUACUGGGUUCCUGCUGUCCCAACGACUUUCGGUUCACUACCGGGAUUACCAUCCCAAUUCGGGGCCUCAGGUUCGCUGCCUGUUGCAUCGUCAGUUCAACCCACACAUCCACCACUUGCAGUUGUAUCUGAGGGGUUUUUCACGGAGGCAACUCCCAAUAUGAAUCCACAACUUAUGUUGGGGACUUCCGAAGACAAUGUUCAAUGCGACGAUCCUAUGGAACUCGAAUCAUCUCACUCGGGAAGCCCAAUUCUUGAAGACAAUGAGGCCUGCCUAACGUCGAGUGGAUUUGUGGAACCGCGACCUGCUUCACUGGAUGCCGUUCAUGGAGGCGAAAGACAGUCUUCCACCAAUCAGGUUGUUUGGCGUGGUGUUCACUUGGAGCUGGAUGACGUGUCUGAGGAAGAUGACCCUAGGUCGUUUUCAUCCAUGAGUCAGCGAUGUCGGUCUUCCCGAUCACUGGCUAAUCAGAAGAACCCAUCACCAGAGUCUAUCUCCCCUUCAAUGCCCUCGCACGAAUGCAUGUCUCAAUUGAAAGAUUAUUUUCUGGCCCGCUCUCACUACAGUAAUUCUACCAUAUUCAGUCGCGAUGAAUCUGCUCGCGGUUCACCUUCCAUACCAGAGGCCCCUGUUAAACUGCAGUCAUCAGAUGAAGAAUACCUGCCUCAGCACCGCGACCCCGAUCUACUUGGAUCCAGUUGUCUGAAAGAGUGGGAUCUUUCUUCCCACGGACGCCCCUUCCUCCGGGAUCCGAAUAGUCCUCUCGGUCGCUCACCAUCCAUGGUCCGGUUUCCAGAUAUUCGGCGUACUUCCGAUAGAACGCGAACUCCUGGGUCCCGGCACCACUUUUCUGAUGAGCUAUUGUCCCAGUCCCCUGACUCAUUUCUCAGGGAGAGAUAUCCGGUUCAGAUAAGUCCUCAAAAUCUGGUUACCCGAAAGCCCGCCUAUUCUCGACAUUCGGUUUCGGAUUCCUACUGGCCCAAAUCUGAUCGGUCUAACGCUGGCGGUUGUCCAACUCGACCGUCACCACGUAGUGUUGCGCGUGCCCCGUCUAGCCCACUGGUAUCUUCUGAUGAAAAACCAGAAGCCAUCUCUCCGCCACAAAGCCGUCGGUUUGAAAAUCGCUUUUCCAUCACCAGUCAUGAAACCCGUGCCCUACAAGUUUAUUCUGAUGUGGACUCAUCGGAUUCUCCGUCGUCACAUAGACACCGUUCUGUAUCGCUGUCUGAGGUGUCACCAAGUUCAGCUUCCUCGCGUGAACAAUCUAGGAGGCGCAACGAGAAACACCUAACUGUACGUAAACGGGAAAUCGAAGCGAGAUUGCGUGAAAUUCGCUCUACUGAACGUCAUUUGUUGGAAGAAAGUUGUGCUCCGCAACACCGACGUCAUUUUACCAAGAGACGGUCGAAACAAGAGUUAAGAGGACACCGAGAACCCAGGCAUCACCAUUCCAGAUCUUCUGCUAAAUACCGGCGCGCAGAGCGUUCUUCCAAUUCAUCCGAUUCUGAACCCCGACUUCAUAGAACACACAGCAAUCGACGAAACGGGCGAUACUGAAUAUCGACUUCGUGUAUAUUUCUCUUUUCUGCGUCUUAUAUAUCACUCAUCCGGGUCAAUCGCGUUCGUUUUAAUUCGCAUCCGCUACAAUGACACUUGUCUAUUUCGGGAUAUCGACUGCGUAAGAACCUAGUUUUCGCUCUUUUCGGACUCAUUCUGCCUGUGAUCGUUUACACCUAAUCCAUGGACAUUUGUACCGCUGACUGCAAUCGAAGCGAUUUUGUGCUUGAUGCCUCGAUUAGAGUAAACAUUCAUUCAGUGGACCAGAAUGCAUGAAUAGUGCAUAUCUGCUACGCCAUUUUACUUCCACUAUUGUACAAUUUAACUCAAAUCGCUUUAAUUCCCAGCUUACUUUCCGCGCCUCACAAUGCUGAAUUACAAAUAACUUGCUAGGCUGACUCGUCACGAUUUUCCAAUACGUACAAUAAGUGGAGGAUCUAAUCAUUUGUCUGUUUGGUCGCUUCGCCAU